UCGAGCCGCUGUGGCUGAGGCACCUAUCGGAAGCGCCGCGCCACUCCGCCCUCUUGGACGCGGUCGUUAUGGUAACCAGUCGCCGCUUCCAAGGAGUUUGCCAGCACUGUAAAUGGCAGAAGAUCACAGAGCAACACUUUCUCAGUCUUCUUUAUCACCCUUGACCGAAACCUCUGAGGUAUCACAGCAAGGCAACCCUGAAGGCACCUUCAGUGGGGAUACCACUCACCCCAGUUACAAAUACAUUUCAAAUGAUGUACCAAGGAGGUUUAUGUCAUCCCAGGCAAAAGCAGUCAUUAAAACUACUGAAGAUUAUUUGCAACCUCAGUUUGGCCUAAACAGACUUUUGCAUUCAGUGGCAGUAUCAGAAGGGUCAGGACUUCAAGAUUGCUCCACACAUCAAACAGCAUCAGAUCAUAGUGAUGAUGAAAUAUCAGAUCCAGAUAGCUACAAAUCAAACAGUAAAAACAAUUCUUGUUUUAUAUCAGCAUCCAAGAGAAACAGACCUGUCACUGCUCCAGUGGGUCAACUGAGAGUUGCAGAGUUCUCUUCUUUAAAAUUUAAGUCAGACCAGAAUUGGCAUAGAUUGUCUCAAAGACACAAACUUCAGCCCAGAGUGAUUAGAGUAACAGCUUACAAAAAUGGAUCUAGAACAGUCUUUGCCAAAGUUACUGUACCAACCAUCACCUUGCUGCUGGAGGAGUGUACGGAAAAGCUGAAUCUGAACAUGGCCGCACGACGAGUGUUCUUGGCAGACGGCACUGAAGCCCUCAAACCUGAAGAUAUACCCCAUGAAGCCGACAUUUAUGUUUCAACGGGAGAGCCCUUUUCAGAUCCAUUCAAAAAAGUUAAAGACCAUCUGUUGUUAAUGAAGAAAGUAACUUGGACAAUGAAUGGGCUGAUGCUUCCUACUGAUGUCAAAAGACAGAAAACCAAGCCUGUUCUUUCUAUGAGAAUGAAGAAACUUACUGAGAAGACCUCAAUCCGAAUUCUGUUCUUUAAGAAUGGCAUGGGGCAGGAUGGGCAUGAGAUUACAGUAGGAAAGGAAACAAUGAAAAAGAUUUUAGAUGUUUGUACAGUGAGAAUGAAACUAAAUUCACCAGCCAGAUAUCUUUAUGAUUUGUAUGGCAGAAAAAUUAAAGAGAUUUCAAAAGUUCCUCUGCUUGAAAAAUGCCUGCAAAAUUCCAUCACACCUUUGCGGGGACCUGUAUGGGUCUCUAAGGGAGAAGGUUUCAGCCCCUCAGGAGCUAAGAUGUACAUCCAAGGAGUUCUUUUGGCCUUGUACCAACGAUUAAAGUCGGCAAAAAAAUAUUAUAAACAGUUGAACCUGGCUGUGGAUGAACAGAAGGGGAAAUUUACUGAAAAAUUCAUUCUUUCAAUGACAGCAAAAGAACACCAUCAGGCACAAGAAGAAGUGAACAGGCUGAUUGAUGAAUUGCAGACAGCUAUCAAAAGCAACAGAGGUCAUCUCUCUAAACUUGGCCCCCAAUUACAGGCUGAGCAGGAGCAAUUCUCCUCUUACGUCUACCAACACAUUAAAAGCCUUCCAGCAAACACUCUUAUCCCUGGAGGGCUGCAGCUCAAGGUAUUUGAAAAUGGUAAAGACACUGGAGAGAUCUCUGUUUAUGUCAGCAAAACAGAUCUGUGGCCUAAUAGCCCAACUCAAACUGACUAUAUGAUGGAAAGAUUACUUCUCAAGAUUCAUCAAAGGCUUCAAGGUUCUUCCAUCAACCCUUCAGGCCUCAAUUUUUCUUCAGCCCGGCUUUUUGAUGAGCAUGGUCAAGAAAUUAAGAACCCACUUUUGCUGAAGAAUGAGCAAAAAAUCUGGGUCUCUUAUGGUAAAGCAUACAGGUCUCCAGGAAUCCCUGUUUUGGGUUUGACCUUUGACCAGGUGACCACAUUUGCCAGAGGUGGCAUUACAGUUGCAUAUAAAACCUUCUUGGAUCCUAAUGCUGUUCUCCUACCUGGAUGUGACAAUUGGGAAGUUUGUGAGGGAUUUCCAGUUAAUUUCAAUGGCACCAGUCAACAGAUACCUGAUCAAUUUGAAAAGGUGGACUUGGAGAACCAUUUCCUCCAGAACAAGGUGGACCCCAAUAUUGUCCUUCAUGCCUCUGUUUCCAUCAGAAAGCAGAGUUUCUCAAGUAGUGAAGAGAGCAGUGGGAGUCAGAUAGCGCCGUCGACCCUGUGGCCUGCAGCCAGUGUGUGGCUGAUCACAAAGACUGGAAUGAUCCUGAGCCGAGCAAUAACUCAGGGCUGCCUUGCUGUUGGUCAUCCAAUCAGAGUCAAGGCCACUGAAGGAACAUCAUUAGAAGGAUAUAAACUAAUCCUAAAGAAAAGACAUAAAGAAGAUGAUUCUCAGAAGUGGGUGUUUGGAACUGACGGCUGCAUUUAUUCUAAGGCUUGUCCUCAGUUUGUUCUGACCUACCUAGAGAAGCUAAAUGCUCAAGUGGAUGUGACCCAGACAGAGUAUCACCUUCACCAUGGCGCCUGGACCACAGCUCAUCAGGAACAUGGCAGCAGCUUAGCAGCUGAGGUUCUGCAAAAAAGUGCCAGUAUCCCUGGUCUGAAGCAGCUGCGAGAGCCUUCAGACACCCACUCAAUGCCAGAAGGUUCUCUUGAGACAGGGCAGCUGACAGUGGCACUGGUGAGGAAACUGGAAGAGAAACAUCCUAAGGCUUCUGCUCAGAGGUGGGCCAUAAAACAUGAAGGGACCAGUAAGCCAGGCCAGUGGAAACAUUCCAGAGUUGAAAAUUCUCUCUGGAAUAAGCUUACUUACAUGUGGCCAGUCCUACCCAGCGGCCAACUUAAUGAGGAGUUUGAUUGGCCAAUAGAAGGACAGCUUCUUCCAAACAGUCCUCCCAUGAAGAAACCCACCUGUAAGACACUGGAGCAACAUGUCCCUGUAAGACUCCAAGUUUUGCGGAAUGGAGACAAGAACAAAACCAGUGCCCAUGUUGUAAUCAGUCCCGGUAUCUCACCUGGGUGGAAAAUGCAAAAGGUUGACACUGAAAGGAAAGGGAAUGUGAAAAAUUAUGUCACUAAAUAUUCUGAAACAGAAACCAACCAGACUGGAUUUCACCAACUUUUGGAGAGGUGCACUGAAAUUUUAAAUUUACCUUCUGCAGCUCGGAGAUUGUUCAAUGAAAAGGGGAAGGAGAUCUUUGCCCUAAAAGACCUUCAAAGAGAUGAACUGGUGUAUGUUUCAUGUGGAGAACAUUGGAUCAGUCCUGACCUGUCCACUGCUCAGCAAAAGAAGCAAAUCUUCCUGAGGAACUUAGCAUCAGAUAUUUCUAAAAUUCAAACCUUCUGCAGCACACGUAAGAUGGAGGCUCUUGUUUUAGAAGUCCAAAGUGACAUUGUGUUGGGAGCCAAGCUUGCUGUGCGUAAACCAGUUUUUGGAGAGCAGAAGCAAAUUACAGAACCAGAGGAAAAGCAAAAGCAAAAAAAUGCUUUAACAAUGGAAAACGCUUCCAGUGAAAUGCUAGAUUCGCAUGCAAGAGCCCAUCUCCGAAUGAAGGCUUGUCACACACUUCUCAGGUACGCCUGGCAGGAAACUUCUCAUAACUUUGAUAAGGAUGACAGUCUUCCAAAGAAAAUGGAGGAAGAGCUCUUUGAAACUGUGCAACCAGAGAAGAAAUACAGCCAUUCUCCAAAACAGAGUAAAUUGCAGAAGCUUUGCCACCAGCAGUUUGAAUACAGAGAUGGGCAAAUUAUAAGCUAUGCUGCUCCUCCGCUAGUCUUGGGGGUGCAAGGCCCCAACCUGCGUUCAGGCAUGGAGGUGGUUUUGGUGGAGAAAAAAGCAGAUGAUAGUCAUCAACGCUGGAUGCACAAGGAAGACAGCAGGACCUUUCACCUGGUGAGUAACCCAGACCUUGUGCUGGCAGUGUCUAUGACCAAGGCUAGAGAUGAAGCCUGUGGCUAUCCAGUUAUUGCUCAGAAAUAUAAACCAUAUAACAAUGGGGCUUCUAAUCAAAAAUGGAAUUACAUGAAAAAUAUGAAGGCUUUUGUGGCCUUUCAUAGCACUGCCCUGGAUAAGGAGAUCACAGCAGCAAAUUAUGCUGGAAUUUGUACAUCCACUGUGAUUAAAGAAGAAAACAUUGAUCAACCAGGAUACUAUUAUCUCUCACCCAGUGAGGAAAGAACUGUGCUCUGUUUGGCAUGUGGACAAUCCAUGAGAGCAGAGAAGGGACUGAAACAGUUGCUUCCAGGGCUGCCGUUCCUCUGUGCCUCAGCCUCCAAGACCCAAAAGCCCUUCUCACGAGGACCCUUUAAGGUCAUCAAUGUGGCCAAGGCUGAUUUAUCUUCUCAUGAGGCUGAGAACACUCUAAGUUAUUAUGAAGAACGUCUAUUAUCUCUACGGAUGAAGACCUGCGCGCAAGUUGUAUCUCAUAGUGGCAUGGCAGUUACGCACCAGAAGGCAGUGAAAAUAAUUGCGUACAAAAAUGGAGAUGGAUAUCGAAAUGGGAAGUUAAUUGUGGCUGGAACAUUCCCCAUGCUUCUUACAGAAUGCACACAACAACUUGGUCUUGCCAGAGCAGCCUCCAAAGUAUAUACCAAAGAUGGAACCACAAUCCUUUCCUUGCAUGAUUUGGUUUUAUGGGCUCUGGAUGAGUCUUUUACCCAGAGAGACUCUGAGGAACAAAAGAAAGAGGCGGCCCCUGUUGGAACAAAAGAGACGCCGGUUAAAAGGAACUCAAGAGUGAAAGUGAAAACCAAACUAUUUCCAAAGUCAAUGACAUCUGAUAGUUUGGAUGGUAUAGAUGAGUCUUUGCUCACCCUCAUUCUCAGAAAUCCUAUUGCCAUCUGGGUGUCUUGUGGUGAACCAUUUCUGUCUCCAAAUGCUUUGCAGAAAGCAGAAGAAAUAGAAAAGCAGAACUGGCUGAAAAAGGACAAAAUUUUGGCUGAUCUAGACACCAUGAAACACAAAAUGAGACAGUUAAAAGGGCGGCGGGUAGCAGCAUGUCAGCCAGCCACCAUGGUCCCCAGCAAAAGCCCUGUGCAGCCGGUGGUGGUGGAAGGAGGCUGGACUGAGCAGACUCCAGAGGAAAUUAAACUCAUGGACCUUAUAACACAUACAGAGGCGCACCUUUCUGAAGUCCAAGAACUGCAAUCCAAGAGAAAUUCUCCGAUUGCACCUAAAUGUAUAGCACUCAAGCAGAGUAGCCUGUAUAAGCAACCCAAUGUAAAACGGGUAUGGACUUAUCUAAAUGGAGGCAGACCCGAAGAUGGUACUUAUGCCUGGGGCAAAACAAUCUCAGAGCUGCUGGAUUACUGCUCCUCUCGUCUCAAAAUGGCGCACCCAGCCAGAACACUGUACACCCCCGCUGGACAACCCAUCCACUCGUGGGACGACAUAGAGCGGGACAUGGUCAUCUGUGUGUCCACAGGACAUGGCUUUGUAACCCAAAAAGAGUUAAAGCAACUGGUGGAGGUUAGAGCAAAUUAUGCCAGAAUCCGAAGGCAGCAGGGCCCUCAAGCUACGGACGCCGUGUUGUCACCAACAGCAAAGCUGCAGUCUCUGGUACCUCUACACGGUGAAUUCCUAUCAGAGCUGUCUUACUUGUGCUGUACUUCCCUGGGGUAGCCUGUGUGGACCUACUCAUAUGCUUGUGAUGAUAUUAUGAUUAUUCACCACUUAUAAUUUUAUGCAGUCUCUUUUAAAAGUUAUACCCUCUACAUUUUACAUAAGAUGGCAUUUGAUACCUCACAUCUGUUCUUGGAAAGGCAACAAAACUAGACAAAACAAUGCCAGUAAAAUAACUAUCUUAGGUAUUUUCUUCCAGGAAAAGAAAAAGAAAAUGACUAAUUAUUAUU